AUGGAUCCCCAUGGAGACCCCAUGGCCACCAGCCUCUACCCCCCAUGGACGCCCCAUGGCCACCAGCCUCUGCCCCCCAUGGAGACCCCCAUGGACCUGCCGGGGCUCCCCGGGGAGCCCGACCCGGCCGUCAUCAACAUCAACAGCAGCGAGGAAGAGGAGGAGGAGGAGGAGGAAGAGGAGGAGGAGGAGGAGGAGGAAGAGGAGUUCGGGGAGGAAGAGUUCUUCGAGGAGGAGGAGGAGGAGGAGGAGGAGGAGUUCGACGAGGAGGAAGAGCUGGGCGAGGAGGAGUACGACGAGGAUGAGGAGGAGUACGAGGAGGACGAAGGCCUCUCCGAGGAGGAGGAGGAGGAGGAGGAGGAGGAGGAGGAGGAGGAAGGCGGCGGCAAGGAGGGGCAGUCCCUGGCGGUGCCCGAGGAGCCCCCCCUGCCCCCCGAGGACACGGGCGCCCUCGUCAUGGAGGUGGACGAAGGCCACCCGCCCCCCCCGGCCGAGGAGGACGAGGAGGAGGACGAGGAGGACGAGGGGAUGAAGGCCCCCCAGGACGGGGGCGAGGAGGAGGGCGAGCCCCCCCCGGGGGGCCCCGAGCCCCCCCCGCCCCUCCUGGAGCCCCCCGAGGUGGUGCCCCCCGCCCUGGAUGCGGCCCACCCCCCUCCGCACCCCGAAAUCCUGGGGGGGGCCGGCAGCCCCCCCCCGGCGCCCCCCCGGCUGGAGGAGGAGCCCCCGCCCCCCGUGGACAAGGGGGAGGAGCUGGACGAGACGGCGACCAUGCUGGCAGACUUCAUCGACUGCCCCCCGGACGACGACCGGACCCCCGAAAUGGCUCCGUGACCCCCCAAAACGGCCCCUGCCCCCCCCCUCAAAUGCCCCCCUGACCCCCCCAAACGACCCCGAGACUCCCCCAAACGUCCCCUUUGCCCCCCCAUCCCCGGAGCCCCCAACACGGUGAGACACGGAAUAAACCCCCCCAUCGCGUCCCA